CUGAGCAAAUAGACAAGUUGCAAAUUCCAGCAAAAAGUAUAUUGACUGACAAAUAGAACAUCUGUACAACUGCUAAUAAGAUGCACCCUUAAAAUAUCUUGAACUGAUAAAUUCCCAAAAAAAUUAGUUCAGCAGAAAUUUCAGAAUGGGGUAAAUGCAAGAGUCUUCCCACGAAUUUUGGAAAGUUUGCAGGCUACUUUCCGCCUAGUUAAUUUUUGUGGUUCCUGCCCCCAUUCAGUGCUAAAGAGGAAGCAAAUGUGGUGCAGGCUCAGGUAGUUAAAUACCAGCGAUCUGGCUACUGCUGUCUACACCUACAGUGACCGAGAAAAGAGCAGCAAGGCCACAUUCAAAUCUGAGUACUUCUGAAAGCAAAAGGACACUAUGAAUGUUACAGAGCUCUGGGUCAAUUCCUCAGACACGAGCACCUGGGGCUACGAAGACUAUUAUAAUUUUUCUGAGGAUUUUGGGGUGUGCAGGUAUGAAAGACACAGUGCUCUGUUCCUGCCUGUCCUGUACUCCCUCUGCUUUGUCAUCGGCCUCAUCGGCAACAGCCUCGUCUUCUGGGUCAUAUUGGCUCGUCUGCAGCUGCGGAGCAUGACGGAUGUCUGCCUCCUGAACCUGGCCGUCGCUGACCUGCUACUGCUCUGCGCCCUCCCCUUCCUGGCCCACUACUCCAGAGCGGACUGGGUCUUCGGUGACGCCAUGUGCAAAAUCAUCCUUGGCACCUACUACAUUGGUUUCUACAGCGGAAUCUUCUUUGUCACGCUGAUGAGCAUCGAUCGUUACCUGGCAAUCGUCCACGCUGUCUAUGCCUUGAAAGCCAGGACGCGCACCUAUGGACUUAUUGCCAGUGCUGUGGUCUGGCUUAUUGGGAUUUUGGCCUCUUUCCCGGAGAUUGCUUACAUUUCUGUUCAUUUCCACGAUAACUCCAUACUGUGCUCCGUUGAUUCCAAAAUGAAAAUGUCCUCAAGAAAAUUUGGUCUAUUGAAAAUGAAUAUCUUUGGCCUUUUGAUUCCAUUAAGCGUCAUGGUGUUCUGCUACUCAAUGAUCAUCAGGAGGCUGCUCCGCAGCAAGUCAACAAAAAGAAAGACAAUCCACCUUGUGCUGUCAGUGGUUGUGGUCUUUUUCUGCUGUUGGGUUCCAUACAAUGUUGCCUCAUUCUUCAAGGCACUUGAACUUUUACAAGUCUACACUGCAUGUCAUUCCAGCAAGGCUAUCCGACUGAGUCUGCAAAUCACAGAAGCUCUGGCUUAUUCCCAUACCUGCUGGAAUCCCAUCCUUUAUGUCUUUGUAGGGGAGAAGUUCAGAAGACACCUCCUAAAACUCAUAAACAAGACUUUCAGCAUCAAGCAUCCCUUUUCCACUAGAACACCCUCACUGUACUCACAGUCAAGCAAAACUGAAGAAAUGUCUGCUAACGUGUGAAUGUCAAUGCCAAAAAACUGAAUUGUUUAUGUAUCCCACCCACUCAAUUCUGAUUUUUUUUUUUUUUAACAUUAGUAGCAUGGGAGGUGAAUCGGUGGUGCCUACAACAACCACCUUUGGGGAUGCGUCUACUGUUGCUUCCCCAACUGCGGGGUAUGACUCUUGCUAGGGUGAGGAGAGGCAGCUAUUACUGUUAUAUUGGGAGUGUAAACCUCCCAUGCAUCACACUUAGACUCAGUCCCUUUUCCUUUCCCUUAGAAAAACCCAUUUACCCACACACACAGAAUGUCACAACACUCAGGUUAAAUAUAAACCCAAAGAACAUUUAAUAAAAAAAUUAAUUAAUCCACACAUAUAAACAUUACAGAUAGAAAAUGAACACUUGUACCCGGUGUUUUUUUUUUUUUUUUUAUAUGACUUGGCGCGCUUACUGGAACUUCUUGUCCACCAUGGUGCCUUCCGUGACACACGUGCCAAGUUCCCCCCUUUCCUUUAAACUAAUCAAAAUCAACUAACCUCCUCUCCACACGCCCGCUGGCUGUUAGGCUCGCAUAGCUUAU